GAGAUUUUUAGAAAGCUGAGCGGGCAGGGGCCCUGUGACCCAGGCUUUCACUUCUCCUAAACACCAGGCGCACCAUGUGACGCAGGCCGGCCACAGGGGCGAGUGAAAGGGGAAGCCAGGGGGAGCCCAGAGUUUCUCAAGAAGUCAGAGAGGGCCAGGCUGAGCCGGCAGGGCUCCGAGGGGAGCCAGGAGGAAGGGGAGCUGAGGCAGUUGGGGACAGGGAGGAGACAGCAGGGCCAGCGGGGGGCCGGCGGGCAGAGGGAGCCCCCACCCCAAUGCAGGCCAUGUGUCUUUAGGAAAGGGGACAGGAUUUAAGAAAGCGAGGAAAGAGGAGAGGGGUGGAAAGUGGGGGAGGGGCGGCAGUGUGGAAGGAGGGACAGAGGGGUCGGGUCGAGGAGGACAGGGGAGAGCAAAGGGAGAAACGGCUUGGGGCUUGGGCGAGGGGAGCUCGCAUCCGCCGUGGGAGGAGGGGAGAGGAGAGUUGCGAAUUAGGGGGAGGUGGUAGAGUCCUCGCAGUGAGCGGACGACCCAGGUAGAGAAAGGAGGGGAGAGGCACAGGGGAGAAGAGGGGUAGAGGGGAGAGAAGGGUGGGCGAAGGGGUGAGAAAGGAGACAGCUAGUGGGGAGGGGAGGGGAGUGGAGGGCGAGGCCUGGGCCGGGCUGAGGGCUGGGAAGGUGGGCUAGAGAAGAGCCUCGGGCAGGAUGCCCGCGCCGCGCGCCCCGGGGGAGCCCCGCGUGUCCGGGGAGCGCCGGCCACUGCUGGCGAGCGGCGCUCGGGGCCCGCGACGGCGGCGGCGAGCGGCGGGCGCCGCGGUGCUGCUGGUGGAGGCGCUGGAGCGCGCGGCCUUCUUCGGCGUCUCGGCCAACCUGGUGCUCUACCUCAACAGCACCAACUUCAACUGGGCCGGCGAGCAGGCGUCGCGCGCCGCGCUCGUCUUCCUGGGCGCCUCCUACCUGCUGGCGCCCGUGGGCGGCUGGCUGGCCGACGUGUACCUGGGCCGCUACCGCGCCGUGGCGCUCAGCCUGCUGCUCUACCUGGCCGCCUCGGGCCUGCUGCCCGCCACCGCCUUCCCCGACGGCCGCCGCUCCUUCUGCGGCGAGAUGCCCGAGUCGCCGCUGGGGCCCGCCUGUCCCUCGCCCGACUGCGGGCGCAACUCGCCCAGCCCCUACUGCGCGCCCACCCUCUACGCCGGGCUGCUGCUGCUCGCCCUGGCCGCCAGCUCGGUCCGGAGCAACCUCACCUCUUUCGGUGCUGACCAGGUGAUGGAUCUCGGCCGCAAUGCCACUCGCCGCUUCUUCAACUGGUUUUAUUGGAGCAUCAACUUGGGCGCUGUGCUGUCGCUGCUGGUGGUGGCUUUUAUCCAGCAGAACAUCAGCUUCCUGCUGGGCUACAGCAUCCCUGUGGGCUGUGUGGGCCUGGCGUUCUUCAUCUUCCUCUUUGCCACCCCCAUCUUCAUCACCAAGCCCCCCAUGGGCAGCCAAGUGUCCUCUAUGCUUAAGCUUGCUCUCCAAAACUGCUGCCCCCGGCUGUGGCAACGGCACUCUUCCAGAGACCCUCAGGGCGCCCACCUGCUGCCUGACCAGGGGUAUCCCCAGCCUAGGCCGUCCCCCCAAGAGGACAUUGCCAACUUCCAGGUGCUGGUGAAGAUCUUGCCCGUCAUGGUGACCCUGGUGCCCUACUGGAUGGUGUACUUCCAGAUGCAGUCCACGUAUGUCCUGCAAGGUCUUCACCUCCACAUCCCGAACAUUUUCCCCGCCAACUCUGCCAACAGCUCCGUGGCCCUGAGAGCGCAGGGCAGCGGCUACACGAUCCCGGAAGCCUGGCUCCUCCUGGCCAACGUAGUGGUGGUGCUGAUUCUGGUCCCUCUGAAGGACCACUUGAUCGACCCUCUGCUGCUGCGGUGCAAGCUGCUUCCCUCAGCUCUGCAGAAGAUGGCGCUGGGGAUGUUCUUUGGCUUCACCUCCGUCAUCGUGGCAGGAGUCCUGGAGAUGGAGCGCUUACACUACAUCCACCGCAACGAGACUGUGACCCAGCAGAUUGGGGAGGUCCUGUACAACGCAGCACCCCUGUCCAUCUGGUGGCAGAUCCCUCAGUACCUGCUCAUUGGGAUCAGUGAGAUUUUUGCAAGCAUCCCAGGCCUGGAGUUUGCCUACUCAGAGGCCCCGCGAUCCAUGCAGGGCGCCCUCAUGGGCAUCUUCUUCUUCCUGUCUGGGGUGGGCUCGCUGUUGGGCUCCAGCCUCGUGGCACUGCUGUCCUUGCCGGGGGGCUGGAUGCACUGCCCCAAGGACUUUGGGAACAUCAACAAUUGCCGGAUGGACCUCUACUUCUUCCUGCUGGCUGGCGUGCAGGCGGCCACAGCCCUCCUAUUUGUCUGGAUCGCCGGUCGCUAUGAGAAGGCGGCUCAGGGCCCAGCCUCCCACAGCCGUUCCGGCAGGGACAGGGGCUGAACACAUCCCGUCCCAGCCCCUUGCUUCUCUCCACGGACACAGACAGCAGCAGUCCCAGCUGUGGUUUCCUUCUCAGUUUAUUCUGUACCCAACAUUAGAAUGCAACGGUUCCCAUAAAUAAGGGGCAUGAGCCCUUCCUCA